AAAUUCAGAAAGUCCCACAACAACAGAUGUAUUAACUACAACAGACAUUACAACUUCAGAACAUCCCACUUUACCUACGAUUGACAUUACAACAGCGUCAAAAACUUCAGCUACAACAGCCGCACAUACUUCAGCUACAACAAGAGGCUCAACUUCUGCUCAUCCGGCAACUACAGCAGCCAUACAUACUUCAGCUACAACAAGAGGCUCAACUUCUGCUCAUCCGGCAACUACAGCAGUAACGGCAGGAACAAGCUCUACUCUAUCAACAACCAAGUCCACAACUGCGAAACCUAAUAAUCCAUGUUUCAAUGGUGGAACUCCAUAUCCAAACAAUGCUGCUUGUUUUUGCCCUACUGGCUUCACAGGCAGAUUUUGUUCUAAUGUUGACAAGGAAAUUAGUCCUUCAGUGUUCAAAAGGGUUGUCAAUGCUAUGGUAAAUGUGGGUCAACCUUUUGUCCCAGAAUAUAACAACACAUCAUCUGACAAAUAUAAAAAGUUUGUGUCCAACUUCAAAAGUAAGAUGGAACCCUACUAUAAAGAAAAAGUUCCCAACUUCAACAGUAUGGAAAUCAGAAAGCUAAGCGAGGGCAAAACGAAAAGAAGAAGAAGUUUGGCUUUGACGAAAGUGUCACGAAGUUCUACUGUGAUAGUUCACCACGAUGUUAUGGUUGAUAUUUCAAACGACAACAAUUUCAACAGCAGUUAUUAUACUAGUUUCAAAGAGGUGAAAUCCGCUCUUGACGCCUUAAAAGGCACAGAUGACAUUAUUGAUGUUGACGCAUUUGAGACUGAACUUAAUGUCACAGAAGUGUGUGACGCAGUUACAGCAAUUCUUCCUGAAGAAUACAGGAAGUAUUAUGCACCAUCUAUACUCCCAGGCAAAGUGAUGUGUGUGAGUCAAUGCCAUCAAGGACAUCCACAUCCAAAAAUGUGUUUCAACAACGCCACAUGUGAAGUUUCUUUUGACGGUCCAUCCUGCUAUUGCCUUAACACUGAUGUUUCGUGGUACUUGGGAGAGGACUGCAGCUACAAAGUUAACAAAAUCGGAUUCUAUGCUGGAACAGGAGUGGUGGCACUUAUAUUAGUGAUAACUAUAGCAGUACUGACAGCUUAUGUUGUAAUAAACAAAAGGAAGGUUUCAAGGAGUAAGGACAUCAAGCGAAAGCUAGUGAAUAAGUGGUUAGAAGAUGACGUUGAGUGGCCAACACAAAGAAAUACAUUACACUCAGUUUCCAGAGGACCACAUGAUAACCCAACAUUUUCACAGGAGAACUCUUAUAGAAGGGACAGUUCGGAAAUAUAUAGACCAAAUCUCUCAGAAGAUCAAACCGACAGUCAAUAUUCUAUACCUGAAACAGACAUUCAGCCUUACAAUUUUCAGAGGGAUGUGAGAAUUGACAGGCCUCAGAUCCGGUCAUCGUCUGAAAUUUAAUUCAAAACUUCAUCAGUUAUUUUUUGUUUUCUGUACAUUUUUUUGCACUCUCAGUUCAAGUAUACCUAUCAAAUGCAUGUGAACAGUAUCUUAGAAUUUGAAGCUAUAUAUAUAUAUAUAUAUAUAUAUAUAUAUAUACAGUGUCACUUAAUUUAUUAACAAACUUUGUCUGGCCCUUCAAAAUGAAGGGCACCUCCCUAUUUAUUUUGUAAUUUGCUUCCAUAGGAUGUUAAAAAAAAUUGUGAAGGUCUUUUUGUUUUUUAAAUCUAGCCUUAAAACUUGUUUUUAGGUGGCCUUUAUGUAAAUGCAUGUUUUAUGUAAUGUAUUAUUUAUCUAGUCUGUCAAGGCUGUACUAAGGACUUCUGUUAUUUAAUGUUUUAUUGUGCUUGUACGAUUUCCUUGAGUGUCAUGAAAGGUGCCUAUAAAUAAAAUAUUUAACAACCAUCAACAUAAUAGCUAGGAUGAUAAACAUACAUGUAAUGUUUGAAAAAAAAUUGUGCUUGUGAAGUGUCCUCAAGUAUCAUGAAAGGUGCCUAUAAAUAAAAUGUAUGAUGAAUUUUAAAAUAUUGGGAGAUAAAAAGAUUUUUAGACAUGUCAUUAAAAUUAUUUAUUUGGUCAAAAGAAAACAUAAUGUAGUAGGUUAUUGUUUUUAACAGUUUAUUUAAAAUUGUUGUUCUUAAAUGGUUCUCAAGUUAUCCUUAUGUUUUGUUAUCAUUAUAAACAAAUUAUUUAUUCAUGUUAUACUCCUCAAAUUGUUAAAUGGCAUUGCAACUAUAAGCUGGAUAUUUUUAAUAAAUUACGUGCAUUUCCAGGUGUUUUAUUUUGUCCCUAUAAAUACAAAAAUGGGCAGUCUUCUUUCAGAAAGCACAGUUCAUGGGCCUUAACUUAAA